GAUUAUUUUCUCGUCUAAAGAUAUAAAAUCACAGUGAUAUUUUAUAUAAACACACCGGAAAAAUAUUCGCAUUCCCUCUCGGUGUUUGUUCGCGGUCCAUUUGUGUGGAAUCUGCAGACGGUGAAAUCGAAGAUUCACUCCAAUCACUAUUUUCGCCAUAACAUGGCGACACUCAUUUGCAGUCGAGCCGGACUCUGCAUGUCCAGUGUAAAACAGAGACGGUUCUACAGCAUGUGUGUCUCUGGUAAAGUGUCAGUGAAUGGAGUGAAUCUUCACUAUCAGCGCACUGGAGACGGAGAACACACCGUUCUGCUGCUGCCUGGAGCUUUAGGAAGUGCUCAGACUGAUUUUGCUCCUCAGCUGGAGAAGCUGGAUAAGCGGUGUUUUACGCUGGUGGCGCUUGACCCGCGGGGUUACGGACGCUCACGUCCUCCAGACAGAGACUUUCCCCCUGAUUUCUUCCACAGAGACGCCAAAGAUGCGGUGGAUUUAAUGCAAGCGCUGGGUUUCAGGCGUUUCUCUCUCUUGGGCUGGAGUGACGGAGGCAUCACGGCUCUGAUCGCGGCUGCGUUUAACCCCGCACUCGUUCAGAAGAUGCUGGUUUGGGGCUCCAACGCUUACGUCUCUGAAGAAGAUGUUCAGAUCUAUCAGUCGAUCCGUGACGUGUCGUUGUGGAGCGAGCGAAUGCGCCGGCCGAUGGAGCAGAUGUACGGUGCUCAGUAUUUCCGUGAGACGUAGAGAUGGGUGGAUGGGAUCAGCCGCUUCACUCAAAACCCGCAGGGUAACAUCUGCAGGGAAGUGCUGCCGCUGAUCUCCUGCCCCACGCUGAUCGUCCACGGGGCCAAAGAUCCCAUGGUGCCUUCAUUUCACCCAGAAUACCUGCAUCAGAACAUCAGGGGCUCGAGGCUGCAUGUGAUGCUGGAGGGGAAGCACAACCUGCAUCUGCGAUAUUCCACUGAGUUUAACGCACUGCUGCAGGACUUUCUGACCCAAUCCGCAACACCUUCAGCGCUUUGAUGUGCAGUUAUCAGAGCAAACAAGGACGAUACUGUGUUUGUUCCAAUAAGAGAAAACCACUGUCCAUCAUAAAUUGAUUUGAGCCGUUUCAUCACCUGUAUGCUUUCAUUUUAAACAUGUUCUGUGGUGAAGAUAUUUGUGGAUUAAUAAAUGUUUCCAAAUGUU